AUGCCAAGGAAGUGCAGACUUGUUAUACAUUUUGGCCUCAUAUUCAAGUCUGGAGUUGAGAAGUUCACCACUGAAAAUACACCACCUCGAGAGGCCAAUAAUAUUUCAAACCAUCGGGUGCUAAUUAAGCCAGAGGCACAAAAUAACCAGAAAAACAGAGAAGUGAACAAAAAUGAAGAGAAGAAGGCUUUGGAAGCUGAAAAAUACGGAUUCCAGAAAGUUGGGCAAGAUAAACCAUUAACAAAAAUUAACAGUGUGAAGCUAAAUCCUUUGGGAUCAGAAUACAGGACACUACCCAUAACCACAGUUCAGGCUGGACACUUCAGACCAGUUCAUUUAAAUGGAGCUGAGAAUAAAGCUGUUGGUGUUGUCCUGGCAGAUACUGGAGAUGGAGGUCAGCACAAUGCAGUUCAGUCACAUAUGGAGUCCGAACGAGUUAUGCAGAGAACUAAUUCAAUGCUGCAGUUGGAACAAUGGAUUAAAAUACAGAGAGGAAAAGGGCAAGAGGAGGAAGCAAGAGGUAUAAUCUCAUAUCAGACUCUACCGAGAAACAUGCCAAGCCAUCGACCUCAAGCUUUACCCCGGUACCCAGAAGGCUACAGAACACUGCCCCGAAACAGCAAAGCAAGGCCAGAGAGCCUCUGCAGCAUGACGCCAUCAGCUUACGACAGAGCCAUAGGACCCAUGACAGCUGAAGAAAAACGAAGGUCGAUGCGUGAUGACACGAUGUGGCAGCUCUACGAGUGGCAGCAACGUCAGUUUUACAAUAAGCAAACAACCCUUACUAGGCACAGUACUUUAAGUAGCCCGAAAACGAUGAUGAAUAUUUCUGAUCAGACAAUGCAUUCAAUUCCCACCUCGCCUUCUCAUGGUUCAAUAGCGGGUUUCCAAGGGUAUUCCCCGCAGCGGACCUACAGAUCAGAAGUGUCUUCACCAGUGCAAAGAGGAGAUGUAACUAUUGAUCGGAGACACAGAGCACAUCAUACUAAGCAUGUCUAUAUGCCUGACAGAAGGUCAAUGCCAGCAGUUCUAAGUUUACAGCCUGUUUCUCCUCAGAGCCUCCAAGGCAAAACACCAGAGGAGCUCACGCUGCUGCUAAUAAAGCUGAGACGGCAGCAAGCUGAACUGAGUAGUAUCCGGGAACACACACUAGCACAGCUCAUGCAACUAAAACUUGAGGCCAACAGCCCAAAGAGUGAGAUUCUUUCGCAUCACCUUCAAAGGAAUGCCAUAUAUUUGGACCAUCAGGUGGGAUUUGCAGUUUUCUUGUGUGCUUACUUUUUUUAACACCUUUUGUCUGCUCCUGUCAAGCUGGAAAUACUUGGGAAGUAGAUUUUUUCAGUGAUUUUCAUAAAGUUGGAUACUUAAUACAUGACCAUUUUAAGUGGCACAAAUUAGCUUAGUUUAUUACAGACUUGACAGAGAAUGAAAAAAGUAAACUGAAAUUCUACUGAAUACAGCAGACAUUUUCCAGUUGUUUUUUCUAUUCUUCAUAUCCUUCCUUUUAUAACACUGACUGUAGCAUUUUACCACCAUUCACUAAGGUGAAACCCUAUUUCCAAGCUCAUAUGAUACACGUACAGUUUAUAAAAUUAGUAUUCUGAUUAUUUUACUUUCCAAAUUAAGAAGAAUUAGAUGUUUCUGCAAGACAUAAAAUGAAAGGGAGAUCAAAUAUAGAAUCAGAGAAUCAGAGAAUGGCCUACGGUGAAAAGGACCACAAAGAUCAUCCAGUUU